AUGUCGGAGAUUGAGACUCUGUCCGCAUUCGUCGAGGAUGCUCCUCCCGGAGAGCUCGCAGAUGUCGUGGCCGACAUCAAAGCGCUGACACUCUCGACGCCGAACGUCGUCUCCGAUCUCGCGCCCGCCUUCGAAAAGUACAACGAGGAGCAGUUCGUCACCGUCAAGCUGCCCGGGAGCAGCCAGUCUGUCCUCAUCAGCCCGCACAAUUCCCUCGGCGACGGUCGGUACUACGACGUCGAGUCCUCCUCGAGCUUUGCCGUCGAUCACGCAACACAGGCACGUCGGCGGAAGGAGACGAUGGAGACUUUCGAGGUCAAGAGGCUAACGGGCCGACAGAAGGCGAGCGCGGUACAAAGCCAUUCCAUCGAGGGGCCGCAGGUAGAGCUGAUGCACGUGUCCCCGGCCGCAUCGCUGGCGUUGCGCGCUAACGCCGGUCACUACGGCGCGUACCCGAUCGAGUCGGACGCAAAGAUGGCCAUGAUCGUCGUGGCCAACAGAUACAGCCCCAACAAUUUCUGGAACGGCCGGUGGAGGUCCCUGUACACGUUUGAUGCUGCCUCCGGAAGCCUCGAGGGCACCAUCAAAGUCGACGUCCACUACUACGAGGACGGCAACGUGCGGCUGCUUACGAAGAAACCCAUCUCCACUUCGGUCUCCUCCGGCACCGGGGCCGCCAUCGUCAAGGAGAUCUCGGCGAUGGAAAGAAAGUACCAGGACGAGGUGAACAAAAGCUUCGUCAAGCUGAGCGAGGGCACCUUCAGGGGCCUGCGCCGCCAUCUGCCUGUCACGAGGCAAAAGGUCGAGUGGGACAAGGUGACGAGCUAUCGGUUGGGGCAAGACAUUGGCGGCGGGAGUUCCAAGCGAUAG